CUGAUUCGAUAUAAGCUCAGUACACAUAUAGACACUCUGCGUAUCGGACGGAAAUACUUGGUGAUGGUGAAGUUAUAAGAGUGGUUCUGUUAACAAUAACGUGAAUAAAAAUAAAAACUUUCGACAAAAAAUAAAAUCAAUAAAAUUGACCUGUUAAACUUACUUAGUGAUACCAUCAAAUAGAAUUUCUAGAAGAAUCUUAAUUGAUGUUUGACAAAUUAGAGUGUGUUUGUUAUUGUAAAUUAAAAUUAUAAUUGAACGGAGAAAGUUUAAAAAUAUAUGCAUGGUGGAAGUGACUGAUGAUGAAGAUGAUAAGAUAAAAACAAGUUAAAUUUUACAUAAGAGCUGUGAAUAUUACCGCACAUUUAGCGCAAAAAUAGUUGACUAAAAACAUUGUGUAGAGAGACUUUCAAAAUGCAGAUAAGUAAAUCGGAUCCCAAAAUCAAACAAGAAACAUACACCAAAUACGAUGAAAACAAGGAAAAAGAUUUUAAUUCGAAUAUUAACCUGGAAUUUAAGACGGUUGAGCACAAUGAAAAGCCGUUGCUGGAUUAUAGUACAAUUAAGAAUAAAAGAUUUUCGCCGCUUCUUCGACAGGUAAUUGCCAGUUCUGGUCCUAUCCUAGCAACAGUUGCGGCCGGCAUGACUUCUGGAUACUCAGCCAUUUUGUUGCCACAAUUACAAUUAAACGAUAGCUCAAUACAAAUCAGCCAUGACGAAGCUUCGUGGAUAGCUUCUAUGGCUGCGCUACCAAUGGCUCUUGGAUGCAUUAUCGGUGGCAUAAUCAUGGAAAAAUACGGACGAAAAAUGGCUCACUUAAUUUUAAACGUUCCAUUUAUCGUCGGAUGGAUUGUCAUUGCUGCAUCCACAAAUCUUACAUGGAUCUUAAUCGGCAGAUUUGUAACCGGAUUUUCCGUUGGUUUAUUAGGACCGCCAGCUUCAGUGUACAUCGGCGAAACUAGUGGACCAAAGUAUCGUGGUUUUCUAUUGGCUGGCGUUUCGUUGGCGAUUGCAAUCGGAAUUCUUAUUGCACAUUUAAUCGGAACGUUUUUCAGUUGGAAAUUGACAGCACUUUUAUGUGCUGUAUGUCCGUUGAUCAGUUUCCUGUGUAUGCUACUGGCACCAGAAAGUCCAUCGUGGUUGCUAUCUAAGGGGAAGGUGGAAUAUGCACUGAAAUCGUUUAAAUGGCUCAGAGGAUCGGAUGAUGAGUCAUUGCGUGAAUUCAGGAAUAUGGUCGACAACCAGAAUACAUCGACGAAUGUGAGCAACUAUUCCUGGGCUGUACUUAAAGACAACAUACGCCAGCCGACUUUCCUCAAGCCUUUAUUCAUUUUACUGGGUUUCUUCCUAACAAUGCAAUUUGCUGGUGUCAACGCUGUGUCUUUUUAUUCCGUGACAAUAAUGAAGGAGACCAUUGGCAAAGGCUUGAACGAAUACGUAGCUAUGCUGAUCAUAGACGUUGUGAGAUUUGCCGUGUCAAUAUUGGCCUGUAUUUUACUGAGAAAGUGUGGACGCAGACCAUUGCUAAUGGUUAGCGGUGUUGGAACUGUUGUUUCGCUCAUUUCAUUAGCCGUAUUCCUAUAUUUUUCAUCGAGAAACGAGGCGCUGAAAUCAAUCGCUUGGUUGCCGAUGACCUGUCUCAUUGCGUACAUAUGCUUUGUCAGUGUGGGAGUUGUGCCGUUGCCAUGGUGUAUGACCGGUGAACUGUUUCCGUUAGCGUUGCGUGGAUUGGGAUCAGGCAUUGUAUCCUCGUUCAAUUUUAUGUGCUUUUUUGCGGUGGUUAAAACCGGACCGACAUUUUUCACAACUAUCGGUCAAGAAGGAGCAUUCUUCAUUUACGGUAGCGUAGCUUUGAUUGGAACUAUAUUCUUAGUCCUUUGCCUACCCGAGACGAAGGACAAAACGUUACAGGAAAUCGAAAACAGUUUCCGAAAUAAUAAGAAGUUGGACAAUGAAACAAGUGUUUUAAUGCAACGUGAAUUCAGAAAAUACGUUUGCGAACAACAUGUGUGAGUUGCUGAUAAGAUGUACACAAAAUGUAGUUUAGUAGUGGAUAUCACGAAGUUGGUGUACAAACUUGCAUUUUUUUUGUAAUCUCUUAAUAUAACGAAUAGUUUGUAGUAUUUUAGUGUUGUAAAAUUAGGGUGAUGAUAUCUAUCAAUCAAUCGAUGCUGUGUUAACGAUUUACAAAAAUAUGAUUUUGUCUCACGAUUUUUUUAAA